AUGAAACUUAUAGUUUGCAAUGAACUUCAAAGUAUAGAUACAACAAAAGUUUUGAACUCAGAUGCUUUGAAGAGUCUUAUAACAGACAAAGUUGGAGUUGUUGAAAGAAAGUAUAAAGACCAAAGAGUUUGUGAAAAUGUUGCAAACUUCAUUAUGGUUUCAAACAAUGCUGUUCCGAUGAAGUUAGAAAGUUCUGACAGAAGAUAUGUAGUUGUCAGAACGUCAGAAGCUCAUAUGCAAGAUACAGAAUAUUUUGACGCUUUGUCAGAAUGUUUGACAUCUGACUUUUACAACCACUUGUUCUCAUAUUUCAUGACAUUAGAUAUUUCUAAGUUCAAUCCAAGACAAAUUCCACAUACCGAAGAGAGACAAACAUUGUUAGAAGCAAACAAGAGUGUAUAUGAACUGUUCAUAGAUGAAACUGACUUUGAGUGUUUAGAUGAAUGGUCAAUAUAUAAUGAAUAUAAACAAUAUUGUCAAGAGUAUGGUUAUAUGCCAGCGUCUAAACGAACAUUCUUGGCAAAUGUCAAAAGUCUUUUAGAUGUUCAGAAUGGUGUAUAUACAAAGAAAAUUUUUUCUGAGUAA